UCGGGGCUUUGUGGGUAGCGGCCAUCAUGAAAGAAUCUGAAAACAGAGCGAGGGUGUGAGAGAGAAUUGGAGAGAGAAAAAAAAAGUUAAGCGGAGGGAAGAGUUCAGCCGGGAAAGCUACCAGAACAUGAAUGCUGAGGAAAUGGUUCAUACAAUUCCACUCCAUUAAUUACGGUUGGAGAAGAAAAUACUGAUGAGCCACCAUUCCCUGCCCUGCCCUACCCUACCCCACCAACAUUUGAAGUAGAUGAAUAGGAGUAAGCCAUUCAGCCCCUUCAUCCAGUUCUACCUUCAAUUAACAUGGAGGCGCACUGUCUCAAUGUACUGAGUGACAAUGGAGGAAAGUUUGCACUGCAUCAAAAUGCUGCAGCACACCUCACUGAUCUAAGACGGUGCAUGCAUUUGGGCUGUAGGCAAAACUGAUGAUGCUUUAGGAACCUACCGCGACAUAACACAUCUCAGAAUGUGUUAAGUUUGUUCGCAAAAGAUUUAAAAAAGAUCCUACUGAAGAAUGAAUAUUGAAGACAAGCUUGAUCGGAUUUUUCUUAAAUGCGGCAGUAUAAAUGAAAUGCAGUCUUCCAGACCGCUGGUUGUGGUGGGUGGGGUUGCCGAUCAGCCCUCUGUACAUAUAGGAGCACAGGAAACUGUAUUAGAAGAGAGGGAGAUCUCUCAUGAAGAAAUUCUCCAACAAGAAACUGGUUUGCAGGAAGGUGCCCUCCCGCAGGAGGAGCUUAUUUCACAUGAUGAACUAAUGAUCCAUGAAGAAACGGUUAAAAAUGAUGACGAUGAGAAUGAUGGGCAUGAAAGGCUCCCUCAAGAGUUAACAUAUGAGUUAAAUGUAAAUGUAAAACAGGAAAUCCAAUAUUCUGAAGAAGCUGGGCAAUUGAAGAAAGAUAAAGGGCAACAAAAAGAACCAAUAGAUUUGCAAAAGAAAAAGAAAAGGAAGCAACGUUCUCCUUCUAAGAUCCUAACAAUAAAUGAAGAUGGAUCACUUGGGCUAAAGUGCCUGAAAUCUCAUAUCUGUGAGCACUGUAAUGCUGCCUUUCGUACCAACUACCAUUUACAAAGACAUGUUUUCAUCCAUACAGGUGAAAAACCGUAUCAGUGCAGCCAGUGUAGCAUGCGUUUUAUUCAGAAAUAUUUGCUGCAAAGACAUGAGAAGAUUCAUACUGGUGAAAAGCCUUUUCAAUGUGAUGAAUGUGACAUGAGGUUCAUACAAAAAUAUCAUAUGGAGAGGCAUAAACGCACUCACAGUGGAGAGAAACCAUAUCAGUGUGAAUACUGCCACCAGUAUUUCUCCAGAACUGAUCGUGUAUUAAAACAUAAACGCAUGUGCCAUGAAAACAGAGAUAAAAAACUGAAGUGUGCAUUGAAGAUGGGUGAUAUGGGAGGGAAUGAGGAAGAUCCAAACAUUUCCCUGCAACACAAAGAUAAUCCAUUACCUCGGAAAAAGAAGCAAAAAACAGGAGAUAAAUCCAGGCCUCCUGUUCCACUCACUGACAAAGAGUGCACAGUGGAAAAAUUAGACCAGAAAAAAGACGAGAAUGAGAGUGAUUACUCAUCACUCUAUAGUAUUUCUUCAAAAGUGAAAGAUGAAUAUAUGGUGACUGAAUAUUCUGUUGAAAUACCGCACUCAUCCUCUGGUGGUGAUCCUCUGGAAAGUACAUCUGGAGAUAUCCAUCCACCAAAAUUGGUCAUCAAGAAAGUUAGCAGUAAAAGAAGUCAGAAACUGGAGCUGGAACCAAGCCAGGCAAUGUCUGCAUUAUCCACGUAUGAAGAAAAUAAAGUUACAAAAUAUACAUAUGAACUUAUUGAUAAACCAGGUUUGCUGGACUCUGAGGGAAACCAUGACAUUGAUCAGGUGGAUUCCUUACAGGAAGUUCCCAGUAAGCCUGUGCAUAGCAGUAACAAUUAUGAUGAUGCAAUGCAGUUUCUGAAGAAAAAGCGUUAUUUGCAAGCAGCAAGUAAUAAUAGUAGAGAGUAUGCCUUGAAUGUAGGCCAGAUAGCGUCGCAGCCAUCUGUGACCCAAGCAGCUGUGGCUAGUGUCAUUGAUGAAAAUACAGCAGCAUCUAUGUUGGACUCUCAGUCAUUGAGUGUUGAAAUAAAGAAUAGUCAUGACAAAAGUGGGAUUCCUGAUGAGGUACUGCAGACUCUGCUAGACCAUUACUCUCAUAAGGCAAAUGGACAGCAUGAAAUGUCUUUUAGUGUCGCUGAUACAGAAGUGGCCUCAAGCAUGUCAAUAAACACUUCAGAUGUAGCUGAGGUUGCCCAGCCGGAGAGAGCUGGUGCAAGUUCCCAACCAACAUCUUCAGACAAAGCCAGUAUGCUCCAUGAAUAUUCAAAAUUUCUCCAGCAAGCUUUGGAAAGAACAAGCCAGAAUGAUGCAUAUUUACCCAAUCAGGCCCUUACUUUUGGAACUGAUAGCCCAACCCUUCCAAGUCAGCCAUUAUUUUCUUCCAUGGCCUCAAUGACUAUGCAGCGUGGCUUUAGGUCAGGCAUGAAUUCACCAUUGCGACCAUCUUCUGAGAAGUCCCACUAUGGUUUAAUGGUUGGUGAGUCCCAGCACUCCUUUUCUUUUUCAAGCGAGGAGACCAAUCAUAGUGCUGUUUCGGCACAAGAAUUCUUGGAUCAGAUGACAUCUCAGAAGAAGGUAGAAGCUCAGCCUGUCCAUCAAGCCUACCAAAUAGGCACAUUUGAGCAGACAUUCAGAGCUCAGUACCAGAAUGUAAGGGCUGGUGUUCCUCCCCCAUACAGUGCUGCCAAUGGACAAGUAAACCUGAGAGUGCGUGGGGCUGGUGCAGAGUUUUCAGAGUUCCCCUUGGUGAGUGUGCCAGAGGGAAGAGCUCAAAUGACUGCAUCACCAGAUGGCACAGCUAGUCAGGCCUUUGGAUAGUAGGAAACUGUAAUCUUUGUAAUGUAACUGAGGCUAGCACUUCAAAUGACAAUUCUUGUAUUAUGCGCUGCUCUGUAUAGGAUGAAGUGCUGUAUAAUCAAUAGUCAAUGCAGUUUUGGUUCAAUUUACCACACUUAUACAGAAGCAUCAUAAUCUAGGCCUCUUGUAUACCAAAAUACAAUUACGCUGCAGUGUAACAUUGUUAAAAACGUACUUUCUUUGUAUAUUUCAGCCAUGCACGGCAUGUCCCAGGUUAUUGUGUUGUGGCAGGAUUAACUGUUGUUUAACACUUAUGCUGUUGCUUUGCCUCACCUUGUAACAUGCCCCAACUAUUUUGGCACUUUUUAAAGGAAAAAAAUAAUCAGUCACUGCUAUUUGUAGGGUAUAACCAAACUAAUAAAUUAGUUUCUUUGGAUUUUCUUUAAAUGUAUGCACUUUUCUACUCCGAUUUACUAAGAUUGUAAACAAAAACUAACAAUUUUGUUUGUUUAUAUGUAGAAGAAUACUUUAAGAAGUAAUUGGAACAUAAUUUUUAUCUAACUUGCAUCAUCUUUACUCGUGAGGAACCCCACAGAAUUGAUGAGUGGGAGCAAAAUGGUAUUCCACAGUUAUCCAUUGAGCGUUCUAUUUAUACCAUGAAUUUUUAAAAAAAAUUAAAUUUUAUUUAUUUUAGAAAUGGAAACGUGGGAAUUUAUUUCAGUGAGAAGUGUUGUAAGCACAAAGGGUGCUUUAUACUUAUCUAGUCGUGUGAUGCCAUUUUCAACUCUCAACUUUCAACUCUCCAGGAUGUUGGGCUGCCUUAUUAAAAAAUAUAGUUUAUAUCCCUAUUUUUGUAUGUUUAGUGUAUAAAACCAUUUUAUGUUCCCUUGUAGAAAAAUAAAAUAAAUGACCUGUUAAUUUA